UUCAGAACUGGAGGAAGAGGAGAGCAUGAAGAAGAAGGGAGUGUUCCCUAGAGAACAUGGCAGUGCCUGGGACCACCCUCACGGUCAUUAGAGCCCUCCCUUCGCUUAUCACUGUAUAGAAAUGCUUUGCUCAUACUCUGCUUUGGAAGUGGCGCGGUCUGCAUUAGUUUCAUUCUGGUGACUCUUGUUGGCUUAAAGAAUGUGCCCUGCUGAUUUGUGAGCUGAAGCCCAUGACCCCAAAUCAUUUGCUUUGUUUGCUUUGUCCUGUCUCAGAAGCUCUUUGUCCAGGGCCCUGAAAUUUGGGAGACUGUCUUGUCCUUCAGCCUCUCACCUUCUGGCGUCAGAUGAUCCUGUGGUUGGGGUGGGAAAGGACGUUGCUUGCUGAUGUGUCACAGGAAUAUUAUUUUUGGUUUUCCUAUGUCUUUGAAAGUUGUGUCCACCUCUUGAGGUAAGUUUGGGGCUGAUGGGUCUUUCCCACAGCCGCCUUCAAUGUCCUCCAUUUUUUUCUUCUUCUCCUCCUCUGUUCCUCCUCUUCUUCUUCCUUCCUCUCUCUCCUUCUACUUUUUUUUUUUUUUUUUUGAGGCAGGGUUUCUCUGUGUAGCUCUGACUAUCCUGGAUCUUACACUGUAGACCAGGCUGGCCCCAAACUCAGACAUCUGCCUGCCUCUGCCUCCCAGGUUCUGGGAUUAAAGGUGUGCUCCAUCACUGCGGGGCUGUGUUGAGGACCGAGGGACUCCUCUCCUGGAGCCCACUGUAGACCAGACAAACCCUGUGUUAUCUCUGAGGCACACCGACACCCGACCUGAUCACAGCGGUGCGGAAGUGUGGAGUGAGGGGGACCAGCACUCCCCACAGGAGCUCUCAGCGUCUCUUUGCCUUUUCCUCCACCAACUGCUGCGCCACUCACUGUCAGCAUGUGACCUCACUCUGCUCUAGUCUGGUUGGUUUACACAACAUCGGACAGACCUGUUGCCUUAACUCCUUGAUUCAGGUGUUCAUGAUGAAUGUGGGCUUCAGGAAGAUAUUGAAGAGGAUAACAGUGCCACGGGGGGCGGACGAGCAGAAGAGGAGCGUCCCCUUCCAGUUGCUGCUGUUGCUGGAGAAGAUGCAGUCCAGCCGGCAGAAAGCGGUGCUGCCCUUGGAGCUUGCUUACUGCCUCCAGAGAUACACCGUGCCCCUGUUCGUCCAGCACGAUGCUGCCUAUCUCUACCUUACAAUCUGGAACCUGACUAAGGACCAGAUCACGGACGCGGACUUGGCAGAGCAGCUGCAGGCUCUGUUUACAAUCUGGACCAAGGAGUCCCUGAUUUGCGUGGGCUGUGCCGCCGAGAGCAGCAGAAGCAGCAGGCUGCUCACUCUCUCUCUUCCUCUUUUUGAUAUGGACACCAACCCCCUGAAAACACUGGAGGAUGCCUUGCGAUGUUUCUUCCAGCCCAAGGAGUUAGCAAGCUCAGACAAGUGCUUCUGUGAGAACUGUGGGAAGAAGACGCCUUGGAGACAGGUUCUGAAGCUGACUCGUUUGCCCCAAACCCUGACCAUCCAUCUCAUGAGAUUCUCCAUCAGGAACUCACAGACAGAAAAGAUCUGCCACUCAGUACAUUUCCCCCAGAGCUUGGAUUUCAGUCAGGUUCAGCCAACUGAGACGGACGUUGGUGAUACCAAGGAGCAGUCUGAAGUGCACUAUGAACUCUUUGCUGUGGUUGCCCAUGUCGGGAUGGCUGACUUUGGUCAUUACUGUGCCUACAUCCGGAAUCCUGUGGAUGGAAAAUGGUUCUGCUUCAACGACUCCCAUGUUUGUUGGGUGACCUGGGAGGAUGUCCAGUGCACCUAUGGGAAUCACAGAUACCGCUGGCGGGAAACUGCUUACCUCUUGGUUUACAUGAAGACUGAGUCCUGAUGUAGGUACUCACACCUUCGUGGAAUGAUAGACUCUUGUUUUCUCUCCCGUUCAUUCCCACGUCUGCUGCGUUUUCAAUGAGAAUAAUAAUUUAAAACCCCAUAAUUAAACCUUAUUUAUAAGCCAGAGUUGUCAUUGCCAAGACUUGGAGGUGGUUUGUCUCCUGAAAGCUCACGUGCAGAAGGCUUGGGCCUCAGUAUGACGGUGUUUUAAGAGAGGGCCCAGUGAGAGGUAAUUGGUCUAGGGGCUCUCUUCUCUUCUGUGCACUCGUAGUUCCUUUUCUGUUUCUCUACCCUAACACGAUGCAACCUGGGGGUCCGCAACAUGAUGCCAGUUCCGUUGCUGGUUGGAUCCCCCAGCCUUCAAAAUUCCGAGUCAAAUAAAUGUCACUAAAUACUG